AUGGGACAUUACAAUUCAGGACCCAAACCCUUUUUAUUCUACAACAGCUGGCUGGUGGAUAAAGAAUUCGACAGAUUGGUUAAGGACUGGUGGAGUUCUUGCGCUGUACAGGGCUGGUCAGGAUAUGUGUUGCAAAGAAAAUUCAAAGAUUUGAAAGGCAAAAUUAAAGGUUGGCGGGGUUACACAAGAUCAGACACUGAGGAGAAGAUCAAACUGCUAGAGAGUGAACUUCAGUCAGUAAUGGAAAGCUUGGAGUCUGAGGGCAUGUCGGAUGAGUUACGGGGAAAGAGGAGCCAAAUAUUGAGUGGGUUGUGGGAAGGUUACAGGAUUGAGGAGUCCAAAUGGAGGCAGAAAUCAAGAUUAAGAUGGCUGAAGAAGGGCGAUAAAAAUACGUCAUUCUUCCAUUUCGUUAGUAAGAGAAGGAGAGCAAAGAAUCAGAUAUGUAGGCUUAGAGUGGGGGAUACAGAAUUAAAUGACCCAGCAACAAUCAAAGAAUCAAUAAGGGCUCAAUUCCAAUCCUUCUUCACUCGUGAAGAGUUGCUCAGACCAAAGCUUAAAUGCACAAAUCUGGUUAAACUGUCUAUGGCGGACAAAAGGUUUUUGGACGAUACAUUUUCAGAGGCGGAGAUAUGGGAUGUCUUAAAAAACUGUGAUGGCAAUAAGGCGCAAGGCCCCGACGGCUUCAAUUUCAAUUUCUUCAAACAUUUUUGA